AUGGAAUCUAUUCGCAUCCCUGACCACGAUCACUCUCCUGGUGAUCUUCGAUAUCAAUUUCGUCGCAUCAUGGCAAUCGAAGCACACCCUCAGGUUCUUGAUAAUCCUUAUCUCCGUCCCAGACUCGGAGCUGAUGAGCCCGAAACAGAUCGCCAGCUUCUCACUAUGAACCUUCAGCAUAUGCACCUUCUCCUCCUCCUCUACAUCGUACAGUGCAUUAUCGGUUGCAGCGGAGUACCCCGCCUCCACCAUCUUACCAGUCAGCCUCUCCAACUCCUUGUAGAUCUCCCCCGCUUGCUCGUGAGACCUGUCACCAGCAGUAAAGAGAUGCACGACCCCCCUAACUUCAAUGGUGGUGCAUCCGGGAGUCUUCAUCAACCUCUUGCUCUUGACCCCUUGCCUGACCAUGGCAGCCUUUCCGUAGUUGUGCCCAGCAGAGUGUAUAUUCGACAGAAGAACGUAGUACCCUGUGCUAUCUGGCUCCAGUCUGAACAGCCUCUCUGA